AUGGAUGUAAUAGAAGUAAACGGAACGAAUGAAUCGGAAAGAAUAGAAGCAUUUUUGAAUGCAACGUAUAUGGCUGAUUAUAGGACAAUUAGUAAUAAUUUAGCUUAUGGAUUAUCAGCAGAUGCUAUGGAUGAUGAUAAUACUACAGCCUUACAAAUUGCGUCUGCACAGGGCAACUUACCUAUGAUGCAAAUGUUAUUAAACUACGGUGCGUCAGUUGAUAAAUGUAACCACUGCGGAUUUACUCCUUUUCUUCAUGCUGCUCGAAACGGAAAAGCUCAAGCAAUUGAAUUACUAAUCCGACAUGGUGCUGAUCCAUUUAGAACAACAUUCUAUGGUACGACAGCUUUGUCACUGGCAUCUUCUGGUGGUCAUUUAAAUGUGAUGGCAAUGUUAUGUGAAUAUGCAAGUCAAACACGGCGACAUGCUCCAACACCUUUAAUAGCUGCAAUCGCAACAAAGCAGUACCAAAUAGUCAUCCAUCUCGAGUUUGCCGGCAUCAUUCAACACCCAUGCCGUGAUAUAUUUUAUGAGCUUGAUGCUUUUCAUGUGGCUAAACAAUUGAUGGAUUUGAAAAUGAUAGCACUUUUGCGUGACCUUGGUUUACAGUUAUUAAAUCAACCUCUAAUGUAUUGCUUUGCUCCGAGGACGUCCACUAAUCAAGAAUCACAGGUCGAGAUGCCGAGAAAGACAGCAGAUAUUCGAUGUCUGAUACGUCAUCAUAGGGUUGCACUUGUAAACUGGAUUAUGGAUUUAAAUAAUUAUGAUAGGCUACCAGCGGGUUCCACUCCGUUAAUGUAUGCUGCCGUUGUCGGCAACAUUGCAAUGGUGCAAAUAUUACUGCAACAUGAUUGUGACAUUAACGCCGCUUAUUAUGGUUUUACACCAAUUAUGAUUGCUAUUGUGUGUGGCAAUGAUGCACUGACACAAUAUUUGAUCAAGAGAGGUGCCAGUCAAAGCACAAAUGGCUAUCGAUUUUCGCUCUUUGAACUAGCAUCCAACUCCGAUGGUAUCUCAUCAACAACCAUCCAGCUGUUGCUGACAAGAUCAGUGCAUAAAACGCGUCUCAUUGGAAGGAUGUCAGCAAUACUACAAAAGAUAUUAAGACGGCGCGGAAUGAGGCAGAUAUAUCACCAACCAGUUAAACUGGAAACAAAAGCUAACCAGCUCAGUUUUCUGCAGAAAGUUGUUCAGAAUAUGGGUCAGAAGUCAAAUUGGGUACCUGAAGAAUUAUUCGAUGCUCUUGCCUGGCCAGAUUCUCCCUGUACUUGUUUUAAAGUCAGCAAUACAUCACAUAGUCCAACUCCAGUUUUGGAAGAAAGAAUUAUGGUCAGUGCUGAUGAGCAGGAACAGUCCCAGUGUUUACUGAGUGAUUAUUGCUUGAGUAAAAGUAUUGGAAAAGGUUGUUCCCCUAUUCGACCAACAAACUUCAAAGAAGCGCCGUCAUCGCUUAAUACCAAUUAUUUGCAUCUACGACAACAACAGUGCAGUAGUAUCUCGAAACUUCAAUCAAUGCUGUUCCACUUUGGUUCCGGAUCACCAAAAAAGUAA